AUGGCGACGAUCGACCUCGGCUGGUUCAUGUGCUGCAGCAGCAACGAGAAGGACAUGGACAUGCAGACCAACGCCCCGGGUGAGAAGGAGGAGGAGGAGGAGGACGACGACGACGACGCGCCGGCGGAGCGCGUCGAGCCCGUGCCCCUCGAAAGCGACAACGCCGAGCCCUACGCGCCCGCGCGCGAGGAGCCCGAGGAGAUGACGGCCAUGGAGCGCAUGGCCGCGCGCGCGGCCGCGCGCGCGGCCGCGGAGGCCGACGCCGAGGCGCGCGCCGAGGCGUCGCGGCGGCUCCAGGCCGAGGAGGAGGCGGCCGCCGACGACGCGCGGUCGACGCGGGAGCGCGCCGAGGCCGACGCCGCCGAGGCGGCGCGCGCCGCGGAGCGCCUCGCGGCCGCGGCGGCCGCGGGCGACGACGGCGGCGCGGGCGGCGCGGACGCCGCGGCGCCGCCCGCGCCGGCGUCGCCGCCGCCGUCGCCGCCGCCCGCGUCCGCCGCGGGCGCCCUCUUCGGCGCGACGCCGAAGCCCGCGCCGCCGUCGCCCGCGGCGUCGACGCCGCCCUCGAGCCCGCCGACGUCGCCCGGGUCGCCGAAGACGGGCUUCUUCAAGAAGGCGCCGCCGCCCGAGCCCCCCGCGGACCCCAAGGCCGAGGCCGUCGUCCUCUCCGGCGUGCUCUCGCGCAAGAAGGCGGGCUACGUCAUGAGCUCCUACAGGAAGCAGCGGUGCGCGGUCGUCCGCAACCGCCGCGACCGGGGCGUCAACAUCGGCCCCGCGCUCGUGUUCGCGGACGCGAAGACGGGCGCGCUCCUCGGCACGUCGCCCCUCGACGGCUGCGACGUCGCCCCGCGCAAGGACAACAAGGUCGGCUUCGAGGUGUCGCGCGGCGGCAGAAAGACGGACGCGCUCCGCGCGUCGACGGUCGUCGACCGCGACGCGUGGGUCAAGGUCCUCGGCGACGAGCUCGACGCCUGGGCCGCGUCGUUGCGAGCGUUGCCGCCCAGAGAGCUCAAGCGGCGCCGGUCGUCCAUCGCCGCGGCCCAGGCGCGGGAGGAGGCGCGCGCGGCCGCGGAGGAGUUCGAGGCGGCCUCGGCCGCGGAGAGGGAGGCCGAGGGCGAGGCCGCGCGGGCCAAGGAGAUCGCCGACGCCGAGGCCGAGCGCGCCGCCGAAUUCGAGGAGAGCGAGGACCCGCGGCCGAAGCUCCACCGCGCGGCGACCGUCGGGCCCGGGAGCCACCCGGCCUAUCGAACGCCCGAGACGGGCGCGUUCGGCGGGCCGCCCGUACAGGGCGAGUACGAGGUCGUCAUCUCGCACCCGGGGCCCAUGGGCUUCAAGAUCGUGCUCGACCGCAGCCCCGGCGGCGGCAGCGCCAUCGUCGUCGACACCGUGAACCCGGGGGGGCAGGCGGACCGCGCGGGCAUGCUCCGGCGGUCGCGCCUCGUCGCCGUCGCCGGCGCGUCCGUCAAGACGGGCCGCCGCGCGUCGACGAUCGACGUCUACGGCAUCCUGGGCAUCGACAAGGACGCCGACGACGCCGCGAUCCGCAGGGCCUACAAGAAGACGUCGCUCAAGGCGCACCCGGACCGCGGCGGCCGCACGUCCAUCUUCCAGAAGGUCAAGAAGGCCCACGACGUCCUCUCCGACGAGCAGGCCCGCCGCGACUACGACGCCCAGGCCGACUCCGUCGACUUCGAGAAGGCGCUCCACCUCCUCAAGAACGCCGCGCGGCCGCUGGCCAUCUCCCUGAUCCGCCCCGUCGGCCUCUAG